UGAUUGUCCCACUGAGGCUUCCGUACUGAGGAAAUUGUGUUUGGUAGUUUUAUGCUAACUUGUCACUCCCAAAAGCUAACGAUAUGGCCGAAUACGCACGCGUAAAAUCUACCAAACUGGUUUUCAAAGGUUCCAACAAAGGGAAAAAGAAGAAGAACAAAGAUAAGAAGAAAAAAGCUGGAGAUCAAGAUGAAAAGCCUGAUAUUGUUGCUGGUUGGUGGGUUGUCAGUUGCUUUGGAGAAAUUACAGGAACAGUUGCCAUAGAGAUGCACAACAACUCGUAUAUACAUGCCCUCGAUACUGGACUCUUCACAGUUGGAGCACCGCACAACGAGGAUGAAGGACCAGACCCACCAGAACAGUUCACAGCGGUCAAGCUCUCCGACUCGCGGAUAGCUUUAAAAUCUGGAUAUGGAAAGUUCCUGGGCAUCAACUCUGAGGGGUUGGUGAUUGGGCGCUCUGAUGCCAUCGGCUCCAGGGAACAGUGGGAACCAGUCUUCGAGAAUGGCAAAAUGGCUCUCAUGGCAGCAAAUAGCUGUUUCAUUUCCUACAGUGAAAGUGGAGACAUUGAAGCCAACAGUAAGACGGCAGGGGACGGCGAGAUGCUGAAGAUCCGAUCCAACACGGAACGACAGGUCAAGCGGAAGGAUGACAUUGCAGAUGAAGAUCGGGGGAAUGUUAAAUCCUGCGAGGUCAAUUAUGUGAAAAAGUUUCAGAGUUUUCAAGACCGCCGGCUCAGGGUGAACGAGGAAGAUGCCUCCACGUUAAAGAAAGCCAGACUGGAUGGAAAGUUUCAUGAAGCUUUGCUCGACAGGAGGAGCAAAAUGAAAGCUGACAGGUACUGCAAAUGAAGACUCAUGGACUCCAUCGGGUCUUUUUACCAUCGGGAUUUUGUGGAGGCUGAUGUCUCAACACCAUACUGCAGACAGAUGUUUUGUCUUUGUAUUUUUAAUAAAUGUUCCUGAACUUUAAGGAA